AUGCGUCUAGCUAUGCGUGGUCUAGAUCCCCUUCUAAUUCGAAUCAAAGUGAACGCCGUCUGUGCUCUGGCUCAGACCUUGCGACGCUACACUAGCCUAAACCACCUGGCUCAGGCGGCGCGUGCUGUAUUGAAAAAUACUAGCCAAAUAACCCAAAUGUUAGCCGACCUUAAUCGAGUUGACUUUAACAAUGUUCAGGUAGGUGGCAGUGAAUUUUCUGACUCUUCACGCACAUAUUCUUUGCCAUUGAUUCUAUUAUUUUAA